AUGGGAAAGAAGCAAUGUGACGUUCCGGAUGUUCCUUGCGGUAAUACUGUUGGAUUGAUUGGUCUGGAUGCAUGCAUAACAAAGAGUGCUACCCCGACAAGCGAGAAGGAGGUUGUUGCACGCCCAAUCAGAGCGAUGAAGCUCUCUGUAUGCCCUCUGAUGUUUGUUACAGUUAACUGCAAGGUUCCGUCUGAGUCUCCCAAACUUGUACAAGGUUUGAAGCGUCUGGCGAUGUCUGAUCAUGUGGUUCUGUGGAGCCAGGUAGAGCCUGGUACCUUUACGGUUGCUGGAGUGGGAGAGCUUCAUUUGGAAAUUUGCUUGAAGGAUCUACAGGAAGACUUUAUGGAUGGUGUUGAAGUUGUUGUUUCCAGUCCGCCUGUUGUUUCCUUCCGUGAGACUGUCCGCAAGUCUUGUGAUCCUGUGGAGAGGAAGUCCAGAAACAAGCAAAUCCAAUGCAGCUUGUCUGUGGUAGCCCGCCCCUUGGAUGAAAACCUAGUCGAGGCUAUUGAAGAUGGUCGCUUGGGUCCACGUACUGACCAUGCGGUACGAUCUGAGAUCCUUGCUAAGCAUGGUUGGGAUAAGGAUCUCGGUGAUAAGAUUUGGUGCUUUGGUCCUGAUGCUGUUGGCCCGAAUGUGAUUGUUAAUAGGUGCAAUAUAAUACAGAAUCUGGAGUUAGCGAAGAAAGUUAUCGUGGCUGGCUUUGAAAUGGUGGCAAAAGAAGGCACAUUGGCAAAAGAAAAGUUGCAUGGCAUAUGCUUUGAGGUUCAUAAUGUUAAUAUACGUGCUGAUGAAGCUGUGAGAGGUACAACUGCUCAGCUCAAUGAGAUGGUUAGGACAGCACUUAUCGAGUCUCAGCUCGCCGCCAAGCCAAGGCUUCUCGAACCCACCUACAUUGUGGCGAUCCAGUGCCCUAAGAGUGCCCUCAGCACUAUCUACGGAAUUCUCCACCAGAGGAAUGGUUCUGUGUAUGAGGAGUUUGUGAGAGAAGGCACGAUGCUACACAUCCUGAAGGCUUACGUUCCAGUUUAUGAUUCCUUUGGCCUCUCCAAGGCAAUCAGUGCUGCAACAUCUAAGCUGGUCACCCCGCAGUGUAUUUUUGGAUAUUGGAGCGACAUGUGCUCUGAUCCUUUCCAGGCAAAUGCGCCAGCUGGGCAAAUGGUCUUGGAUAUCCGCAAGAGGAAGAAGAUGGGCAGGCCCUCUUUCCAGAAGUAG